CUAGAGACAUAGAAAAUGCUUGUACUGAGAAUAUACCGGUUUAAAAAGGUUUUAAAGGAGGGAGGCAGCUCCUCCCAAUCCAUGGCGGCGGCGAAGCGAGGGGCGCGCUCCAAGGCGGCGGCGGUGGCGAUCGAGGCGCCGGCGCCAAAGAAGAUCCGGAUCAAUCCCGUGGUAAGGCGCUACCCUAUCGAUGUGCAGGGUAGCUCGCGCGUGCUCCAGAACGCGAUCGGCGAGAUAUUUCGGCGCAGCAAUGCCAGCGGCCUCAGCUUCGAGGAGCUCUACAGGCAUGCCUUUAAUCUUUGCCAGGGCAAUCACGCCGCUAAGCUCUACCAGAUGUUUCGCGAAGAGCUCAUCCGGAACCUCGCGGUCUACCGGGAUGGCGUGUUCGCGGCCGCCGACACUGGAUCCAUGUUUGAGGUCUUGGACGAGAAGUGGCUGGAAUUCUCGCGAGCGCUCCAGCUGAUCAGGGCUUUGCUGAGUUGCAUGGACAGGACCUAUGUGAUCCGGUACAGGGAGAGGUCCGUCUAUGACUUGGGGCUGGAGCUAUGGAAGGUGGAGGUGGUGAGCUCGCCAAAGCUGCAAGCCGCGCUCACGGCUUUUCUCCUGGGCGAGAUCCACAAGGAGAGGUCCGGGGAGAUGAUUGACAGGAGCAAGAUGAGGAGGGCUGUGCAAAUGCUCAUCGAGCUCGACUACAAGAUAUAUCUUCUCGUGGUGGAGGAACCAUUCAUCUCGGCUUCCAAGGAUUUCUACUCGAUCGAGAGCCAGCAGCUGCUGGCUUGCGGGGACUGCUCCGCGAUGCUCAAGAGGGUGGAGCGACGACUCAAGGAGGAAAGCAUGAGAGUGUCGCGGUACCUCUCGGAGAAAACUGGGCCAAAGAUCAGCAGGGUGGUGGUGGAUAUCUUCGUCGGGAAGAACAUAAAGCAGCUGGUGGAUAUGGAGAACACGGGGCUCGAAUUCAUGCUUUCACAGGACAGGUUGGACGACUUGGCACGCAUGUACGAGUUUUUGCAACACUGGGAAGAAGGAGGGAAAGAAAUUCUAGAUGGUUUGACGAGGCAUAUCAAAGCAAACGGUGCGCAGCUCGUCCAGGAUCCCGAGCGGCAGAAGGAUCCGGUGGCUUUCAUCCAGCUGCUGCUAAGUUUCAAGGAGAAGUACGACGCGAUAGUGAGCUCUUCGUUCAAGAGAAACAAGGCCGUGGCCGCGGGUUUGGAGGUGGCUUUCGCAGAGGUCGUCAACUUAAACCGCAGGCUACCGGAGUUUCUUUCGUUGUUCCUGGAUAACAAGCUUAGGCAAGGUGGCAAAUCGGAUAGUGGUGGCUCGGACGAUCCGGAAGCCUUCAUGGACAAGGCGAUGCUCAUCUUCCGGUACAUCAACGAAAAGGACAUGUUUGAGAAGUACUACAAGCACCACCUCGCGAAACGGCUGCUCCUGUCCAAGUUCGCCGAGGACGAGCUCGAGAGGAGCCUCAUCCUCAAGAUCAAGACGGUGUGCGGCUACCAGUUCACGAGCAAGAUCGAGACCAUGCUCAAGGACAUGAGGACCUCGGAGGAUCUCAUGCAGCGGUUUAGGAACAUGCAGGCAAACAUCAACGCGGCGGUGAACAUCAACGUCCAGGUGCUCACCACCGGAUCCUGGCCGGCGUACGCGUCGUCCUCGCAGUGCAUACUCCCGAGAGAGGUCCACGGGCUGUGCGAGAGGUUCAAGACGUUCUACCUCAUGCAGCACAGGGGCCGGCGGCUAACUUGGCAAGGAAACCUCGGCUCAGCGGACUUGAAGCUCACCAUCGACGACACCACGAAGACGCUGAGCUGCUCGACGUACCAGAUGUGCAUCCUCAUGCUCUUCAACGAUUCCGACCGGCUGAGCUACAAGGAGAUCAAGGACGCGACGGGGAUCCAGCAGGCGUCGGAGCUCAAGAGAAACUUACAGUCGCUGGCGCUGGUCCGGGGCAAGAACGUCCUCCGCAAGGAGCCCAUGAGCAAGGAGAUUGGCGAGACGGACGUGUUCGUGUUCAACGAGGCGUUCACGAGCAAGCUGGCCAAGAUCAAGAUCUGCACGGUGGCGGCGCAGAAGGAGACUGGCGAGGAGAACUCCCGGACGAGGGAGACGAUUGAGAGCGACCGGAACCCGCAGAUCGAGGCGGCCAUUGUCCGGGUGAUGAAGUCGAGGCAGCGGAUGGAGCACAACAAUCUGGUGAGCGAGGUGAUUGCGCAGCUCCAGUCGCGAUUCACUCCAAACCCGGCGGUGAUCAAGAAGCGAAUCGAGGCACUUAUCGAGAGAGAUUACCUCGAGCGGGACAGAGAUGACAGGAGAACGUACUGCUACUUGGCAUGAAGAAGAAGAAAAAGAUCUUCUUCUCGACUGGAUCGGAUCAGCAAGAUGGCCGGCGUGUGGCGACAUUCCGUCUUUUUUUUUUUUUUAACACUUUUUCGUCUUGCUCACUGCAUUACAGGUUGGUCCACGUCCCAAUCCAAGAGUGAGAGACAUGGAGAGGUUUUCGUCGUCUUUAUUCCAAAGAAGCGAAAGUACCACUCCUACAAAAAGAAGAGGUCCUAAGGCUUGCAUUUCUUUCGAACACACCAAGGAAGGUGGCGGUCGCGUCAUACGGUCCAAAUGUUUGUAAAGAUGCUGCAAUUGCCCACCUCACUCACUUU